GGGUGGCAGUGGGCGUGGGUGAUUGGGCGAGUCCGUGGGCCGGAGUCGUGCCCUCGGAGGGCAGCCGCUGUGAGAGAUUGGGGGGGGGGGGGAGAGACCUGCCGUCUGCGCACGUGCGGAGCGCACAGCUCAGCCAAAGCCACCGUGCGGGGGUGGUGCUGAAGGGUGCUUCCGGCCUCGAAGUCACGCCCUCACUGCCCAUUGGCUGGCACUGCGUCCACGAUCCUGACUGGCAGUCGCGUACGGGGGCGGAGCAAGGCCUCCGCUUCCGCCGGGCCAUGGGGCUGCGCUCGCUGCUGCUGUUCCUCGCGCUUCUGUCGGUGCUGUGUGCGGCCAAGACCACUACAUCUCCGUCGCCACAGCCCGCGCCGGCAGCACCUUCGCUGCCGCCCUCGCCAGCUAACGGGAGCCAGCCAGGAGCGCCUCACAAUAGCACGCACAGUUGGCCAGCGGGUGCGACCGGCUCCCCUCUGCUACGCUCCUUCUUGGUGCUCACGGGCCUCGCUGGCCUGGCCCUUGUCUACUUCCUCUUCCGGGCGUUCAGGUUGAGGAAACCACAGCGGAGGAGAUACGGGCUCCUGUCCAACACUGAGGACCCCCGAGACAUGGCCUCCCUUGACAGUGAGGAGGAGACUGUCUUCGAGUCAAGAAACCUGAGAUGAUGCUGCUGUGAGGCAGGCAGGUUCCUAGGCACCACCGGGAAGGACAAGAUGGCUGCCUUCCAGCUGCCACCCAGGGCCCCCAUCAUACCUGGAUCCCCACUCUGCAUACCACCACUGCCUGGCUGAGGGAGCCCUGUGGAAGCCAGAGCGGCCCAGCUGCUGCUACCUGGGACCCUGAGACUCCCAGACAGACUGAGUUGUGCUACUGCCUGCCCAGAGGACCUGGCAACCCUGCACUGAGGCCUGCUGGGCUGGUGACUGAGGUGCCUGUUGGGAAGCCCCUACUGUGGGGCUGUUGAUAAUAAAGGAAACUGUGGCUCUGCAACAGGGGCCAGCCUCA